AUUAUUCAUUCGGAUUGUAUUUGGGGUUUACGUACAAAUUGAUCCAAAAUGGCAGCCUCCAUGUUCCGAAAAGGUUUAUAUAGAGCGCGAAGUUUUUGUGUCAUAAAGCAUGAACUGGAGUCAGUGUUUUCACUACAGAGACAACAGUGUCGUCUCAGAAAGACAGCAGCUGUUUCUAAAAAGUCAAAAAGAGAUGAACCAGUAGUGCCAGUGAAGAAAUUCCUGAGACAGACACCUAUACAUAGUAUAUACAUCAUGGAGGAUUAUCCGGUACAGAAAUUUGGGUUUGAGGAGUGUGUUGAAAUGCACAAGGAGGCUGCCCAACCAAAGAUGACCAAUACUCUACAUGCACAAAUCUAUGCUGAUAUACAGCUUAACAUGAACACCAAUAAAAAGACAAAGUUUAUGAGGAAUAUACGAGGGUUGUUAGAGUUUCCACACAAGUUUGAUCAUCAACAGAAGAAAGAUAUUUUUGUUUUUAGUGAGAAUCCAUUAGACUGGGAACGUUGUAAAGAACUGGGAGCUACGACUGUUGGAGGUGAAGAAAUUAUUGGUUAUAUAAGCCAGGGUAUUAUCAGUAAAUCUGAUAUUGAAAAAUGUGAUUUUAUGUUCGCCACACCAGCCAUAGCAGCAAAACUCUUAAAACAGAGAGGACUUUUGAUGGACAAAACACCAACGUUAACCAAUGGAUGUAUAGUGUCUGAAUUUGAACCAGUAUUAAAGAAAUAUAUGGAAGGUGUAAAGUAUAAAUCUCACAAAGAAUCUGACAGUAUUGGCAGAGUUCAGAUUCCCUUUGGACAGCUUAACCAGGAGACUGAGGAAUUAGAAGAAAAUUUUACCUACAUGUUAUCUGUAUUAUCCGGUUUAAAACCUAAAAAUCAAGCGGCAUUAUUACAGACUAUGCGACUUAUAGCCCCACCAUCUACAGAGAUAUUUGAACUAGAUCUAGAAACUUACAGACAACGACUAGUGGAGAGUCAGAGCAAAACUGAGGAAGACUCAGACGAGGAUGACUAAAGUGCUUUGUUUGAAAACUGAUAAAACUGUAUUUAAAAUAAAUAAAUAUGUUGUGUAUUA